UUUUAAUGGAUGUACAAUAUAUUAUUUGCAUCAUCAACAACAAAACAGCCCACGUUUCAUUCUAUAAUUAGCUUAAUGGACCCUUCCAAUAUGGCGGAUGCAUUGACGUGUUGCUGUAUGCUAAGAGACGCGGCUAAUGCGGCGUUCACCUUGCUGUAGCCAAUCCUAGUGGAGGAGACGGAAACCUGUCGGAAAACGGGUGUGGGGAAAAAAUAAGACAGGCGCAGGGAGAAUUGGUGGGAGUUCGCUGUGUAAUGGCGGCCUCGGUGUUGCUGACUGCGGAAAGCACCGUGCCUGGAUUCGCUGUCGGUGCUAGUAGCGGUGCGUCAGGGAGCUCCGGGAACGGACUAACCGUGCCGGGACCGGCGAGUUGGAACCGUUCCUUGGACCGGGCGUUCGAAGAAGCCGCGGCCACCGGCGGCCUGAACCUGAGCGGCAGGAAGCUGAAGGAGUUCCCGAGGAGCGCCGCUAAUCACGACCUGACCGACACCACCAGGGCCGACCUGUCACGUAACAGACUGCCCGAGCUGCCUGUGGAGGUGUGUAUGUUUGUGUCGUUGGAGAAUCUGAACCUGUACCAGAACUGCCUGCGUACGCUACCUGAGAGUCUGAUCAAUCUGCAGGCCCUCACCUACCUGAACAUCAGCCGUAACCAGGUGUCCACUCUUCCUGCUCACGUGUGCAGUCUGCCGCUCAAGGUGCUCAUCGCCUGCAACAACAAGCUCGUGUCGCUGCCCGAAGAGCUCGGCCUCCUCCGACAGCUCACGGAACUGGAUGUGAGCUGUAAUGAGAUUCAGACGUUACCUGCGCAGGUCGGGCAGCUCGAAGCUCUUCGAGAUCUGAACAUUCGCCGAAACCACCUGGUUCGACUGCCUCCUGAACUUGCGGAGCUUCCACUGGUGCGCUUGGAUUUCUCCUGUAAUAAGGUGACGUCCAUCCCGGUGUGUUACCGCAACCUCCGACACCUGCAGAGCAUCGUGCUGGACAACAACCCUCUACAGAGCCCCCCUGCACAGAUCUGCAUCAAGGGGAAGAUCCACAUAUUUAAGUAUUUGAACACAGAGGCGUGUAAAAUAGCUCCAGAUCUCUCUGAUUACGACAGAAGACCCCUGGGCUUUGGGUCCUGUGUUGAAGAACUGUAUCCCGGCCGGCCGUACGGAGCUCUGGACUCGGGUUUUAACAGCGUGGACAGUGGAGACAAGCGCUGGUCAGGCAACGAGCCCUCAGACGAGCUGUCAGACCUGCCGCUAAGAGUAGCAGAGUUGACCAGGGAGCAGCGGCAUCGACGGGAACGAGAGCGGGACGAACAAAAGACGGGAUCGCUGCUGGCAAACGGCAUAUUGGAGGCGGAGCUCGACCAGAUCGACUUUAUCGACAGCUGCACAGGAGAGGAAGAGGAGGAGGAUGGGCGGAGCCGAGGACAGGAACCGAUCAGCCUCAGCUCUCAGUUUAUGGCCUACAUCGAGAGACGAAUCACCAGAGAGGGCUCACCGGUGAAAGCAGGUUCCAACAGAGAUGCAAGAAAUGAUGAUUCGAAACGACACAGCUCUUUACACAACCGAAGUGUAUCAGAUACGGUCGGCACGUUGUCCUCUCCUUCUCACAGCCAGCGGCCAGGAUCGGGCGCCGGUCUGGAACGCAUGCGGCGGGAGGCUCAACUCGCUGCUCAGAGGUACGAAGAGGAGAGGAAGAGAACACGAGGUGUACAGAGAGAGGUCAACAGGAGUUACGUCAAGCAGAAGUCGGCUCCGAGUCCACCGAAGCUCAGUCCUGCAGACAGCGAGACCCUGUACCCUUCCAGACGGUCCACUCAUACAGACGACUCCGCCCUCUUAAUGAGUGAAUCCGAGUCUUUAAUGGCAUUCGAAAUAGACAUAAACACCAACACUAUAAAGAAGAGGCCGAGUCCUCAGAAAGAGCAUGGGGAAGAUCGAGCCUCGCUGUCCUCAACCGCCCUCCAGUCCCCCUCUUACCCCAGUCCCUCUGCCCCAACCUCCUGCCGUGGAGCCGCUUCACGUCCCGAGAGCUUCCUGUACCGCCUCAGUCAGAGGGAGGAGAAUAAAAAACGAGGUGAUGGGAGGUCUGGAAGGCCAGAGCAAGAUGACGUGACUCCUACACCAUCACCAGCUCCACGACUCACAGGAGAAGAAGCUGAACUGGUGGAACAGCUCAGAAAGAACAUCGAGUCUCGGCUGAAGGUUUCUUUGCCUAGUGAUUUGGGGGCGGCGCUGACGGACGGGGUGGUCCUGUGCCAUCUGGCCAAUCACGUGCGACCUCGUUCAGUACCCAGCAUCCACGUCCCCUCGCCUGCUGUGCCCAAACUGACGAUGGCUAAAUGUCGACGGAACGUGGAGAACUUCCUGGAGGCGUGUCGUAAAAUCGGCGUUCCUCAGAGUCAGCUCUGUCUCCCGCUCCACAUCCUUGAGGAGAAAGGUUUGGAGCAGGUUGCAGGGACGGUGCGCGCCUUGCUCGAGCUGGCACCUCAGAAAAACAUCACAUCACCAAUUACCAGCUCCGCCCACUCCAUGUAGGACCGCCGGUCACUGGUGGGCGGGGCAUCGGCGUGGCCACAGUACACCGUUUACCCAAUCCAGUGCUCAACCUGGGCUAAAGAGAGAGCGAAACUGCGCACGGCUUUUAAACCCAAUACUGUCCGUCAUCCAACACGUCGGUUCAUACGUAGAGAUGCAGCACUCACUCACUCGCUCGCUCACUUGUUCCACCUGUCACACGAAAGGAAGAGGUGAGCGACUGCAGUGUGGAAAAGAGGAGAGAAGAAGCUGAUCAUCCAUCAUGACAUACUAAACCAUUCAAGCAUUCUUCUUCUUUCCUUACAUUUUCUUUCUAGGUCACAUAAUUUUGCACCAAUUAUUAUUAUUAUUAUUAUUAUUAUUAUUAUUAUUAUUAUAAUUAUAAUCACAGCUGACUCUGGGAUGUCAGAUCUUUAUAAUCAGGACGCUUGUCCAAGUUUCACACGUUGGAUCUUUAAGUAAAACACACUAACUCACUCGUUGAGCAAAGCUGAAAGCCCGACCUCUUGUUUUAUAUAGAACCUUAAACGCUGCACAGAGAUUUAUCAGAAAUGUAGCCACCGGGUGACGCUGUUUCCCAAAGACUGAAUACCCGCUGUCUAAAAUAUCUUUAUCAUAGUUUAUAUAAUAAUGAAUGGUUUAUUAAAAUAAAGCAAGGCACUAUUUGUGCCAUUUUAGGGGACUUAAAAAAAAGAUUAAAAAAAAAACAUCCGAAUAUUGAAACACAUUUUUUUUUAUUUUUUUUUGACGUACAGCCUUGUUUCUAGAUCAGUUUUAAAUACAGCGCUCGCGUCAUGUGGGAGAAUUCGGCUGGAAAAAAAACAGGAGAACGUUCGUGAUGUCCCGCUUUUAGUUUCAGGUCUUUAACACUAACUGAUAGAAACCCAAAAACAUUCAAUUUGUAGAUAUGAGAUGCGUUUAAUUUUCUGUUUAGUUAUAAACUUCUGUCGGAAAUUUUAGGCCCCCCCCCCCCCCCCACCGAAUGCUGUUUUUUCUUCUUCUCCCACAUGAUGCGAGUGCAUUAAAAUGUGAAUUGUUCAUGAAAGGGUUUGGAGGAGACACGAGUGUUGCUUUGCUCGUCUUUGUGUAACAGAUCAUGCAUGAAUGAGAGAUAAAGGGGAGUGGUUCUUUUUAAGGGGGCGGGGCUAGAAUAGACACGCACACACGCGCACACACGUACACCACAUGCACAACACACACACACGGUGCUAGACGCUAAGGCUGUAGUCACCACGGCAUGGCUUGCUUGUCCAUAUCUGUGAUUCUGUUAUCAGAAGCUGGAUGUUUGUGUUUGUGGGUUUUUUUUUUUUUUUUUGGUUUUUUUUAGAAAACCAUUUCUCCAGGAGGAAAAGAAAAAAAUAAUUUUUUAGAAGCAGCAGAAUGCUGAAAUUUUGGCAUUCAAAUAUUCCUUUUUUUUUCUUGUAUCCGAAGUUCCACAUUUUCCUUAUUUAUUAUCUCAAAGUUCUGAAUUAUCUCAAAAAUCUGUUUUUUUUUGUUUUGUUUUUUUUAUCUCCGAAUUCUGACUCGUUCUGUGUUUUUUUUUCUCUCCUUUAAAUGAUCCUUUAAAUAAAAUGAUCUUAACUCGCUCUUAACUCGCGUCCAGUUCCUAUCUGUCGUAUCUUAUUUUUACAAUCUCCGUGUUCUAACUGAUGACAGACAUGAUAGAAAUCUGUGCUUUUUAUUUCUAGCUCUGAACUGUUCGGCAGGACGAACUGAGAGCUUAGUAGGGCGUCGGCUAUGAAAACCGGAUCGUUCGACGUCAAUCUUUAUUCAAUAAGUUUAACUUUGAGAUGCGAUCAAAUCUUUGAGAGAACACAAUUCUGAGAGAAAAUCUUUCGAUCAGUCAGAAUUCUGCUGCUGCCAAAAAGUUUUUUUUUUCCCUACCUAACAGAAAUGGAAUUCUAUAUCAGGCCAUCGUUAAAAAUAUUUUGGUUUGCAGUAACAGUAAAAA